AUGCGUGUUCGAACCGUCCGUUGGCUGCUGGUCGCACCAGUGACGGCGACGGUGUUCUUCACGCGUGCCUUCUCUGAAGCGAGGUCGAACUACGAUGGCACCGCCGCCCCGCCGUGGGCAGCGCCGGGCGAGGCGCCAAAGUACCCCUCCGCCCUCUCUGAGUUUCCGCUGCCAAAACCACGCAUGCGGAAGACGCACACCGAGUGGAUGUUCUUUCACGGCCACGGGGGGCGCCCCGGCAUGUACGGCCCUACGCGCGAGAUCGCCGACUUCGAGUUUGCCGACGGCACACCCGCCAGCAUCAGCGGCCGUCGCUUUGCGUUUAAGCACCACCAGGACCACCUGCUCGUGCAGCUCAUUCGUGCCGGGGCGGUGGUGGAGCGACAGGCGGCGCAGGGACUUUUGCCGCGUGUUCCCGGUACGCCAGAGCAGCGCAACUGGGACCCCGCUAUCCCCCUAUUCCUCGAGGACGUUGACGAGCAGGGCAGGCCGCCGCCCACACGCUCCGUCUGCUCGCGCGUGGUGGACGAGCGGAUGGGGAGCCCCACGCGGGCCCCGAAUGCGACAGCAAACCGCCAGGAGGGAGAUACACUGGAAGCGAACACGAUGUUUGAGUCCUACGACCCUCAGGCGUUUGUCUCGGACCACGUGAAGAUGUGGGAUGAAAGGCGGCCGUACUGGUCCAGGCGUCGCUGGGCGUUGACCGACAAGUUUUUGGUGCCCAAAAGCCCCAAGCCGAAGAACACCAUCAAGGACGAGUAG